UUCCGUAGUUGUAAACCGGGCGUGUUCUGUAACUUUUUAACAGUAUUGAAAGUGAGAGAAACAAAGCGCUGACGAUGAACUCUGAGCAGAUGGACGUGGAGAAGUAUUUGUUACGCAUUGGGUUCGCGGCCCCGGCGGAGGCCAACCUGGAGGUGCUGCGGUCCGUUCACACCUGUCACCUGCUCUCGGUUCCGUUUGAAAACCUCACGGUUCACAGCGGCGGACGAGUCCGGCUCGACCUCCCCCUCCUGUACGAUAAGAUCGUGAACCAGCGCCGGGGCGGUUUCUGCUUUGAGAACAACUCCCUUUUCUGGUGGCUGCUCACCAACCUGGGCUUCCGGGUCACGGUGAUCUCCGGUCAGGUGAGGAACCAGGUCACGUGCCGCUACGCCCCUUCUAAUGAUCACCUGAUCCUGGUGGUGAGCCUCGAGGGGCGCAGGUGGCUGUGCGAUGUCGGGUUCGGGGUCCCGGGGUUCAGCGCCCCUCUUUCUUUGGAGACCAGCGCCCCCCAGGUGCAGGGCCACAGGGUGUACCGCCUCAGAAAGGACGGGGACGUGCACUUCCUGGAGUGGCAGGGGGAGCAGAACCGAGGCGCAGAUGGAGACUGGGUCGAGAUCUACAAAUUCACCCUGGAGCCUCGGCGUCUGGAGGACUUCGCCGAGAUGUGCCACUACCACCAGAGCUCCCCGUCCUCCAUCUUCUUCUGCAAGUCCCUCUGCACCGUUUUGAAACCGUGGGGCAGGGUGGCGUACGUCGGCCACAGGCUGACCACCACCACGUAUCCGACGACCGAAGCCACGGGGGGUGUAGAAACCACGACCAGGGAACUGAAAGAAGAGGAGAUUCCCGGUGUUCUAGCCGAGGAGUUUGGCAUCGUACUUCUUAGUCCUCUGAAACCCAAGGACGAACCGAUCACACCGCCCCCGGUUAUGUAUUGACGGUGCUUUCAUUUUAAUUUCCCUUUAUAAUAAACACUACAGGUGAAAUAAAAAGUUUGGAAGCAAGAUCGAUUUUUUACAUAAAAGAUGAAACAUGAUCAUCGUAUAAAGAGUUGUUUUUUACUUUUGCACUGAAGUUGUGACUCUUGCAAAUCUUCUGGACCCUAAAACUAAGCCCCUCUUCUUUUCUUUCGAUGCACACCUCAAGGUAAAUUGAGGAACAUGCAGUUAAUUAAGAAAAAGAAAUUGUGAACAGAAACCCCGAAGUUGCUCCCAAACUUUCCCGCUCCUGUGGUGUAUGUGGGAAAAUAAUAGAAUAAUAUUCUAAGGAGUCAUAAGCAGCAAAUAUAAUAAAAAAUAAAACCGGUACUUAUAAUAUUUUCGACUGAAUUGAGGUUUGUAGGUGUUUCCAUUGUUUUGCAAUGAGCUGUAACACUCGGAAAGUCUCGCGAUAUCCCAUAAUUCUUCACGCUGAAGAAGACACAUGACCCCUCUGCAUCAUCUCAUGAGAGGUGAAAAUGUCUUUUAGCUUUAGGUAUUUGAGUUUUUUUCUGAAAUGUUCCCAUUACCAGUUUUUUAAUUGUGAUAUUUAGAUAAUAAAAAGACUCCUCAGAAUAUUAUAAGAUAUACAAAGAAGGAUAUUACAGAGUAAAAUGAUAUUUAAUCUACGGACUGAAUACGUUCUCUGACCCUGAUCUUUGCACUUUUUGUAGCUACAAACACACUGAUCUCCAUGAGACCUGCGACACAACGUAUAAAUUGUCAUUUUGAUUUAAUAAAUUAUACAUACACUUUUAA